AUGGAGUAUAACAUCUUGGAUUCAGUUGACUUAACAGAUGUAUCAAACUUUAAAUCCUUUACUGACAGAUAUUUUAGUAAAAGAUACAUUUUAAAUGUGGGUGGAAAAGAGAAUAAUGACAUCAUGCUUAUGUUUCAUUCAAAUAGAAUUACACUUCUAAGUCUUGCCCCCAGCCACUUCUUUUUUAAGAAGAAUUGUGAUUAUAAAAUAAAUUUUAACGUACAUAAUAUUGAUAGAUUGAGUAACACUGUAAAAGGUAAAGGUAAGAAAGGAGGCCAAAUGUUGAAUCCAAAGUCAGUAAUAUGUAAAAUUGAAUAUGACGAUGGCGCAAACUUUGAUGUGCCUUGUGGCAUGAAAGGAACACUUAUUGAAAUAAAUGAAGAGUUAAUUAAGGAUCCUCAACUUCUAAAAAGUGAGCCAGAUUCAACUGGUUUUAUAGCUAUAAUCCUAUCAAGUAUUGCAAUUUCAGAUUCAAUGAAAAAUGAGCUUUUAACUCAUGAGGAAUAUCUUAAAAGCUUAAAACUUUAA